AUGGUAAUACUACACAUCACACCGUCACUUAGAGAUAUCUUGCUUGUUCCUCAAAUCACUAGGAAUAUUUUAUUUGUAUCUCAGUUCUCUAAGGAUAAUGAUGCUUACUUUGAGUUUCAUCCUAAUCCCUGUUACAUUAAAUUCCAGGCAUCUAAGGUUACCUCUCUUGAAGGCGCUCAUGACUCUGAUGAUCUGUACAGAUUCUUCUCAUUGCUUGUGAAAAAGACAACAUCUUCAAUUUCUGGUGGGAUUCAAGUCACAUCUCCAACUGUCAAUAAUGAUGUGCAAAGUCAAGCUAGUACCAGUUCUAUUCUUUCUAUUUGGCACCGUAGGCUUGGUCACGCCCACUAUGAGGCAAUUAGGUCUAUUUUACAAAAUUGA